GGCUCAAGUCCAAAACCGCCUCUGACAGUUGGAGCAGCUACCUGUCGCCACCCUCGAUGCAAGCUCUUCCAAUACCUCUGAUCGCCUCGAAGCAUUGGAGAUGGACGUCAGCUCACUUAAGGAUGGCGUGCAAUUACAGCAGACCGCGACGCAACAGUUGGAACAACAGAUUUGUACCGCAGCCAACACCUUGAGUCCGGAACUGCGCGAAACAGCUCCAAAGUUUGACGGGCAGGAGAUCUUCUGCGACUCGAUGAAGACAGAUCCGAUCCCAUGGUUCUGCAAGAUCGAGCUCACGCUGCAGCUACACAACGCCAAAAAACACAAGCACCAUGCAUACUUGUACUCUCGCUCAGGGGGCGCGUGCCAGGCUUGGUUGGACAAUCUCUUGUCCAAGUACGGAGUGGUAGCUGCCGACUUGCACACCAAGAUCAGUUGGGAUGAUCUGAAGGCGUCGUGGUGUAAGCGGUUCCAAGUCGAGCCGCCUGAGAUCAAGGCUAUGGACAAGCUCAUGGUCUUUGAGCAAGGCACGCUGCCAAGUACCGACUGGAUCGCCGAGUACCAACGCUUAACGUCAGUCCCAAACAUCCAGAUGGGCUUCAAAGCCAUCCGCCACUAUUUCAUCACAAGGUCAUGUCCGACAUUAAGUAAUGCCCUGACUCACGUCGAGGACACCUUGACGACGACGGCGGAACUUUUUGACAAGGACGCGCAGAUCAUCAUUACGAACAAGGAGGCUAAGAACAUGCGUUCGUCUGCGGCAGGCCCGAGCCGGGACCAGCAUCGGCCAAGAGUGGCCGUGGUCGCCGCAGCAACGUCGUUUGACCAAACCAGCGAGGUUGUGUCUGCCAGUGAAGGGGGCAGACUCCCAGUCGCCCGGGAAGACACCGGCCUGCCCAUUGAAAGGCAAGGGCAAACAGGAAAACUGAGCACCGCCGAGAGUGACUCGACAAGACUCUCGACGCCUCCGGAACCGGUUUCUUCGCGAGUGACCGACCUUCAUUCCGAGGCGCAUGCGGAAGUCAAUAGUCCUCCUCUUCUUUAUGCUCUUGAGGACUAUGCUGCCCGGCUCGUUCCUACGCUGGAUACUCGAGCUCAAGGACAAGACGUGUGUGCGACAUCUUCUCCGUCCGGCAGCGGCGACUUAUUGUCUUCAAGUGGUUCUUCAUGGGAUUUGGCGCGCGAGUUCAACAUAGAGGUAUUGGACUUGCUCACGUCCGAAGACUUUGCAUGGCUUCCUCUCCCGACCACAGGCCACUUACCAGGACCGCAAUGCGCACAUCUCCACACGUACUUUUCCUUCUAUGAACCACCAAUUUCGUCGACGGAUGAUGAAGUCACGGUGGGGGACAUCCUUGCGUAUGUUACCAAGGUGGCCCACGAGUUUCGCAUGCAGCGGUACGAUGACAACAACGCACCGCUCAUGUAUGUCCGCAUUCAAGUUGGGCAAGUGUCCUGCAGCGCUUUGCUGGAUAGCGGCGCGUCUCGCAACUUCAUGAGCCAAUCCUUUAUGCAAAGGGCUGUCCUUGGCACACAAGUUCGGAGGAAGGCAAACCCGACGGCUAUUAAGUUGGCGGAUGGAAAGACGCAGCAACUUCUCGACCGUUACAUCGAGGCCGUACCGGUUUAUUUCGCACCUCAUGCAUGCGAACCGGUGACAUUCGAUACUCUCGACACGGAUUUUGACAUGAUUCUGGGAAUGCCUUGGCUUGCAAGUGCGGAUCACACGGUCAACUUCCACCGGCGGACUCUUAGCGUUCGCGACGCCUUCGGCGAGGAAGUGGCAUACGAUAUUCUCGUCUACAGCCGGUCAUUGGAGGAUCAUCUUGGGCAUCUUCAACGAGUGUUGGAGAUGCUCCGCUGCGCCAAGUACAAGGCCAACCGUGACAAGUGCAAAUUUGUCCGUCAAGAGCUGGAAUACUUCGGUCAUUUUGUCACACCGGAGGGCAUCAGCCCGCUAUCGGACAAGAUUCAAGCCAUCCAAGAGUGGUCGGAGCCUCGGAACGUCACGGACGGUCGUUCGUUCCUUGGCCUCGCCGGCUACUACCAGCGUUUUAUCAAAGGCUACUCGAAGAUCGCGGCCCACUUGACCAAGCUUCAAUGCGAGGAUCGGCCGUUUGACUUCGGAGAGGAGGCGCAGGAAUCAUUAUUGGCUCUCAAAGCCGCGCUAUUGUCUGCGGAGGUCUUGCGGAUAUACGACCCGCUUUUGCCUAUGCGCGUCACUACGAAUGCGUCAGGCUAUGGCAUUGGUGCAGUCCUCGAGCAACAUGAUGGUGCGGACUGGCAUUCGGUCGAGUAUUUCAGCAAGAAAGUGCCCGUCGUGCAUUCCAUUGACGAUGCAUGCAAGAAGGAACUCCUCGCCUUUGUCCACGCGCUCAAGUGGUGGCGACACUUCCUCCUUGGUCGAAGCCAAUUUCGAUGGGUAACGGACAACAAUCCGUUGGUCUUUUACAAGACCCAAGACACCGUCAACAGCACCAUCGCUCGAUGGAUGGCUUUCAUUGACCAAUUUGACUGCUUUCCCGGUCACAUUCCCGGGAAGUCGAACCGCUUUGCAGAUGCUCUUUCACGGCGUCCGGAUCAUUGUACCGCGGUCUACUCAACCUUCGAGAUCGACAAUGACCUGCGGAACAGCUUCAUCCGCGGCUACCAAGCCGACCCCGAGUUUCGCGACAAGUACGCGAAUUGCUCCUCUCCUAAUCCGGCGCCUUCUCACUACCAGAUCCAAGAGGGGUACUUGCUUGUCCACACGCGGGGGAAGGACCUUCUUUGCGUACCAAGUGAUCCUCACUUGCGUACACGGCUUCUUGGCAAGUUCCACGAUGCUCCCGCCACCGGACACUUUGGAGUCAAUUGCACGAUUGGCCGACUUCGCGAGCGAUUUUGGUGGCCCGGCCUUCUCGGCGACAUCACACGCUAUUGCGAGUCAUACGAGGUUUGCCGACGCUGCAAAUCCUGCAACCAUCGUCUGUACGGCGAGUUACGACCAUUACUGGUCCCGUUGAGGCGAAGGGAAGCGAUUGCCAUGGACAUUACCGGCCCGUUCCCCAAGCACAAGACCGGAAUAGAUGGGAUUCUCACGGUGGUCGACCGACUCACCAAGUUCGCCAUGUUUUUGCCUUGUCGCUAUCAUGCCAAGGCACCGAAGUUGGCCGAGGUUCUCUACGCCGGUUGGAUUCGAACCAAGGGUUACCCCAAGGAAAUUAUCUGCGACUGCGACACUCGGUUCAUGUCCAAUUUUUGGUUGGCGCUCAUCAAGCGAUGGGGCUCAUCUCUCAAGCCCAAUUCAGCUCGCCACCCUCAGACCGAUGGCCAGACGGAGAGGGUGCAUCAAACCGCACAGGUUCUCCUUCGCACUCUCAUCCGCCCCGACCAGAAGGACUGGGUUGAGCGGCUGCCAGAUGUCGAGUUGGCCUACAACUCCUCUAUCCACCCGACUACCGGGAUGUCGCCCUUUGAGUUCGAGCACGGCUCGCCGAUCACUUCGACAUUGGACAUUAUCACUCCACGAACGGCCGAGAGCGACGACCAUCUUCUUUUCUUGCCUCAGAUGCAAGAGGUACUUGUCAAGGCACGCGAUCAGAUGGCCAAGACGCAGCAACACAUGAGCCAGCAGGCCAAUCACCAGCAUCUUCCUUGCCCAUUCCACGCUGGCGAUCUCGUUUGGGUCUCCGCCGCGGAAUUCAGCCUUGAACAAGACAUCUCUCGCAAGCUCCUCCCGAAAUGGAUGGGGCCUUGGCCGAUCGUCGCACCCGCUGGGGACGCACCCGAGGGACCUUCCUUCACGAUUCAGGUGCCCGGUCACUUGCCUGUCUACCCAGCCUUUUAUUGCUCCAAGUUGGCUCUUUACACGCCAGCGGAACAUGACGAUUUUCCCGGGAGACGUUCGCAAGACCCACCCUCCAUGGACGGUUUUCAGGAGGUCGGCGCCAUUAUCUCCCAGCGACGCUACGGCAACAGGCCAACCGAGUAUUUGGUGCAUUUUGCAUACUGCACACACCGAGCUGACCGUUGGUUGACCCGUCCGGAAGUUCAAGCAACAGCUCCAGACGUUCUCGCACGCUACGAACGCAAGAUGCAAGGCAAGCCGGUCUCUUCGGCUCCACGCCGCGCCCUCGUCCAGGUUCCACCUUCAGAUCGUCGGCUCCGCCCUAGCCCCGGCUUGACUUCAUAAAGAGGGGGGUAUGUUACAUGCUGCGCCUGCACACGAGGGCCAUUUUCCAGGCCCUGCGUCCUUCAGGCUGAAAGCCUGAAAUUC